GGACAAACACUCACAAUUGAGUUUCACAAAGUUAUUUAUCUUUUGAAAUGACGACGGGGGUCUUCAAAUGCUCCUAAAGCAAAUUACUAUCUCAAGGGUCUUGGGGCCUCUUUUUCUGAUCGACGAGAUCGAAGAAGGCGACUCCGAGAAUGCAAAUGACCUUUUACUUGUACUCCAACACACCUAUCCACAGUUUUUCAAAAAAAGUAUCGGAUGGAAACUGAGUAUCGAAGAGGUUGAGUUUUUAAUUUUGGAUGCUCCACGACAUAGCUUGCAGGUGAACCUUAAAAGCGAAUUUGUAUGUGCUCAACGUGAACACUUGAGGUGUUGCUGUCCUUCUGCAUGCACAAUUUAUCAGGUGCUUACCAUCCAGCACGGGUUCCUACUUCGACAUGGAACGCAGUUUGGGGCGCUUUUCAUUGGUUACGUUGACCUGCAGCAUCACGGUGAGGUUUUAUUUUUCCUCGGACCCCUCUCCGAACUGGAAAGAGUCGCUGCAAAGCGAGUAGCUAGGAAUGUGGGAAAGCGGGCUAUUGCAUGCGAAUGUACUGGCAGGGAAGUACACCUCCGUGAAAUUAUGGAUCCCCAGGACGAUUUGCCCACGUUACGUCGAAGAAAGAGGCGGAGACUAGACAAAGCCAAAAUUGACAGCUAGCGUAAACGCGUUAAAAUACUAAUAGUGUAGGUUUUCCUGCAUUUUCUAUAAACUUUUACACAUUGCUGGGAUACCAGGCUGCUGAUUCGUUAUUGAGUUUUGUGAGAAACUGAAAAAAAA